AUGGCAGGAAAAAGCUCUGUUCAUAAACUCUGGAAAUGUGGAGACUGUGGGAAGGGAUUUAAUUAUCCUUCUCAGGUGGAAAUUCACCGAUGUAGUCACACUGGGGAAAGACCGUUCACCUGCACCAAGUGUGGGAAAGAAUACGUCCAGGUAGCCCAUCUGCUGAAACAUCGGCUGAUUCACUCUGAUGAAAGACCUUUCAAAUGUUUUGACUGUGGGAACUGUUUUAAAAGCUCUGAGGAACUAAUGUCUCAUCAACGUGUACACUCUAAUGAGAGACCAUUCAAGUGUUCCCACUGUGGGUCUGGAUUCAAACGAUCAUCUCAACUCACUGAACACCAGCGAGUUCACACUGGAGAGAGGCCCUUCAACUGUUCUGAAUGUGGCAAGAGAUUCACUAAUUCAUCCAACCUUUUGACACACCAGCGGGUUCACACUGAUGAGAGACCAUUUAAAUGUCCAGACUGUGAGAAGUGCUACAACAGUUCCAGGGAAUUGAUGUCCCAUCAACGUAUUCACACUGAUGAGAGACCUUUCAGGUGCUCGAACUGUGGGACUGGGUUCAGACGAUCAUCUCAACUUACUGAACACCAUCUGCUUCACGCUGGGCAGAGGCCGUUCACUUGCUCAGUGUGUGGGAAGGGAUUUUGUCAGUCUUCUAGACUGCUGAGGCACCACCAAGUUCAUGAGUAA